AUGCGCUUAUUGUCCGACCAAACCAUGUACAGUUCAGACACAGAGCCACCUAUAACAGGGUAUAAAUCACUUUAAAACGAACCAGUCGAUCGCAAACGAGCAAGAUUACUCUACCAAUCCAGGAAGCGUGGAAUGCUGGAAAAUGGACUCUUGUUGAGCAUAUUUGCAUAUAAGUAUUUAGAUGGUCUGAAUGAUAACCAGCUGCAUCACUACGACAAGCUGAUUAAUGAACCAAGCAAUGACUGGGAGAUACAGUACUGGAUGACAGACAAGAAACCUACACCAACGGAGUAUGAUAAUCCAGUUAUGGACUUGCUUAAGAUCCAUGCAGAGAAUGAAAAUACGGAAGAACGUAUAAGACAACCAGAUCUUCAAGCAAAAUAA